UCCUUCGCUGUAAAAAGAACCAACCAGGCUUCACCACCGGUCCAUUCGAUUUCAGCAGGAGCAGGAGGAAAGAGGAAGGAAAUCCCCCCACAAAAUGAAGAACUAUUUUGGUUGAUAAUUCAAUUAUCAAGUCUGGUCAGCCAUUAAAGUUAAAUUACAUAAGUAUUGCAUCACUUUCCAAAAACUCCAAUCAUAACAUCAGGGGAGGAAGAACUGAUAAAAUACUUGUCGUUUGUGGAACGACGGAGGCUAUUGGCUAAUUAAUAAGGGUUGCCAAGUGCGAAGGAGGACACCCUUUUAAUAAUGGUCGGGGGAGGGAUUCAACAACAUUUUCAACAAAUUCAACAACGGGCAUUGCCUCCUUGUUCAUUACACAUGUCCCCGAACAAUACACAAAAUGGGGUCACGCAGGUGGGUGGGGACGACGAAGUGCCCGGCUGCUCCAAGUCAGUCACCUACAUGAACGGUGGUGGGAGGAACGGUACAUCAGCACCAGAAACGAGUGCAUACUUUGACGGGAUGGGAGGGGACAUGUCCAUCGAUUUCAACAAUAUCGACUUUGAAGGAGAUGACGACGAUGGUGGAGACGGAGGCGACGACAGCGAUGGUGACCCUGAAGAUUUUAAGUGGCCUAACAAUUUGCCACAUCCGCUUCUCAUUCCUGACGUGGUCCGAGAUAUCAUGAAUAAAUUGGGGAUGGCUGAUGUCGACAGAUUCCGUCAAGUAUGCCGGGUGUGGAACGAAGAAAGUUGUGCCGUUUUACAGGCAAAAAAGAUUGUCGCCCUUUUGGAAAUCGACUCGAUGAAGUACUAUCUCGAAAAGUUUAGUACCACGACGUACUUUCCUCACCAUCAUUUCGAACUUCACAUGGAGAAUCUGCUUGAACCACAAAUCAUGCGACGAUUCUGGACGAUUUUUGGAAGUCAUGUGAAGGUACUCGACUUGCGCCAGGCUUCUCUCUUCAUCGAGACUCUGUUUGACAUUAUUGCUCAGCACUUGCCCAACUUGGAACGUUUGGCGAUCAAAUCUCUUCCACGAAAACUAUCAUUGCGAAGAAACAGUCACCCUCCACCUCCACCACUGAAUUUUGUAAUGUUUCAACUCAAUGAUCAACUUGAACAUCUUGAAGAAAAUCACCAUCAAGGCAGCAGUCGUACUCAUGCUCUCCCAGCCCCACGGGAUGAUUGGACUUCACUGCGGUUUAAUCAAAUCAAAGAGCUGACACUUUGUUGGUGUCAACAAGAUGAAGAUGCGACAAUCAAUAUUCUCAAAGACUUGCUUCGCAGUAUGCCAUCCUUGGAGCGUUUGCUGGUGACGGAUAUUCCUCCCCUUAGCGCGGGGGGGAAUAUUGGAGUGAUUGGCCAUCGACCAAUGGUAGCUAUUCCUCAACCUGCCGCUGUUGGCGCAAGGGCUCGCUUGUCUCGACUUCUCGUCCAAGUACUGACUGAUCCAAACAUUCUCCUCCCCAAGCUUUCAACACUCAACUUCCCGAUUGAGGUGGGCAACACCGAGUUGACCAAACUCACCGAGAAGCGGUAUCGUUUCAACACUGUGAUUCUCAAGCUGCACACGGGGACAAAGAAUUCAUUUUUGAAAGAAUUUUUGAUCUCUGCGAGUCCAAGCUUACAAUACUUGGAGAUUGCAUUUCCCGAUGGAUUCUUCGCAGAUGGAAUCACAUUUCCUGCCUAUUCUCAAAUUAAACCCCAUGAUCGUGUCCACCACUUGCAGCAAGUCGUACAUUUGGCCCUCAAGAAUUUUCAUGGACCUCUGAACUUGUUGAAAAAUCUGAAACUGGUCAGAAAAUUGACAAUCAAUGGUUCAAAGUUUGAGCCUUAUUUCGGAUUUGUGCACAAACUCGUGGGCCCUAUGUCGACCAUGUCUGCAGUAAAAGUUGAUCAUAACCUGCAAGUGCUCCGCACGGAUUCGUACAUUAAUUCUGAAGACAUUAUCUCACUCGCGGCAUCAUUUCCGCUCCUCCGUAUCCUGAAAUUGUUUGAAGUUGACGAUGCCGGCUUGGGAAUCAUUUAUCGAAAUCUUCCAUAUAUCAAGGAGCUGGAAAUCAUUAAGGGAAAAGUAACUGAUCAAGGUCUUUCUGGUGUUCCGCUUGAAGUAUGCAAGGACAUGGCGGAAACGUCCACCUUUCUUUUCGUGGAUCCAGCAAAGUUCCGUUCUGAUCUGUUUUUGGGAAGCCUUCAAUAUCUCAAAACCUUGAAACUGGUCUGUGAUGACGUUACUGAUAUCUCCAUCGUGUUUGGGAUCGUUGGUUGUAAGAAUUUGGAAACUCUAACGUUGCAUUCUCCAUCGAUCUCGGAUAUGGGUCUAUUCAAAAUCGCAGACAUGAUGCCCCAGCUUCAGUUUUUGGAUAUUCACGAAUGCGAGAAUGUUUCAGAGGAAGGAAAGUUCUACGUGAAGGAGAAGAUGCAACAUGUCCCCACUCUAAUCUUGGAACCAUACUCUAUGCAAAAGCUUAAAUUGACUGAUAAUUCUUUCCGCCAAGUUGGAUAUCCAUACAGGGGGAGAUGUGUGCGCCCUGAGCGAUACGGUCCAGAUGAGGAAUAUGAUCGUCUCCCACUGCGAGAAAGAAUGUUGAUGGCGAUGGAUCGUCGACGUUACAUCGCUCUUCGAAUGGUUCAUCGAGUGGGUCGGGUCGCUGCGCCAGCUGCUGCCGCUGCCAUGCAUGUCCCUCCACCAGCAAUGGGUAACCUACCGGAUGACGAUGAGCUCAGGAUGCUGAUGGAACUCCACCCAAUGUUCGUUGAGGAUGAAGCAUUCAUGAAUUUUGGUGAAGAGCGUAACGUCCAAGCCAUCGUGUUAUCCGACUCUGAUGACGAAGAUGACAUUCCAACCCCACCCAAUGAAAUCGCAGAGGACGAGGAGUAUGAUAAUAUUGCUGGAAAUAUUAAUUUGAAUCCGUUUCUCGCUCACGGUGCUCUCGCACUCGGUCAAGAUGAUGAUCAAGAUAUCGAGCUCGACGCUCCCGAAGAUAUGCAACAAGACUUUCUUUUGGAUAAUGAUCACCGUCUGCAACAUCUCUUUCCGCCUCCGAUGGAUCCUCGAGGAAAUGGUGCUAACUAAAACUACUACUUCAAUCAAUCCUAUCCAAAUCACAUCAUCCGAUUACUCGAGAUAACCUUCUUGAAUUUAGAAACAAAACCAGAAAUAAUGUGAUCUCUAUAUUUUGUCAUGAAAUAAUCUACCAAAACAAAAUGCGUAAAAAACACAUUAGAUUUAAUAUAUCCAGGUGCCGUCUGUGCUAUGUAUUUAUAAAAGUAAAAAGCCAUGUAGUAAUGAUUGUCAAAGAUUAAUAUAUAUUCAGCAAAUUAGUAAUACAGGUCUCAUUCAAUUUACACCAAAGUAAUCCUACGAUUAAAUCAAAAUCAUAAAAAUUGAUAGUAAUACAAAAACACACAGAUGAAACAGUAUUUUUGUUCCGAAUCAUAAAAAUCGUAAAUUAUAAUUAAUGGUGAGGGGUCGAUAUUAGUGUUUAAAUAUGAAAUGAGCUUGUAAGUAAUUUCAGUUACUUAACUUACAUUUACGUAAGAUGAAAAUUUUCAGAUAUUUUUUGGUGCUAUGGACUGAGCGUUAUACCAGUUAAACUAGUCUUACGAUUAGCCUAUGUAAGUUACAUACAUACGUAUAAAUUAUUAAAAAAACCGACUGAUUGUAAUUCCGAGAGGGGUGAAGUAAGGGGAGGUGCAAUUAGAUCAAAGUGGAUUUGCGAGGAGGAACCAUUUGUCGUCAUUCUCUGAAAAGUAAUAGGAAUCACUCAUUGCCACCUCGCUGUCUUUUACCUCGUGUAUUCUUAUAGAUAUUGAUAUACAGAAAGAAAGACUAUUAGUUAGUUAAUUAUGAUUGUUAAUUUAAAAAGAUAUUCAAAAGUAUUUUCAUGAAUAAUGUGGAAUUGAUUGAUAUUUUGGCUGCUUUUUGAAAGUAGACAGGAUAUUAAGGCGACUGUCAAAGAUUAAUUUUCCGAAAAUAUAAUUUUUUAUGAAGUUCAAAGAUAUUUAAUUGAAGGCAAUAUUUAUCAAAUCAAAUAUAUAAUAGUAUAAUUUUGUAGAGUUCUUGGGUUGAUAUAUUUAAAUACUGGUUCAGUUCAGUUGGGAAGAGUUCCAAAGAAAAUUCUUGUCUUAUUCUUAUAAUUGGUGAUAGGAGUCCUAUCAUAGGACAUUUAUUUAAGUAAAUAUUCAUUGAUUGUAAGAAAUGCGUUUCAUGAGAUGUGCAAAUAUUCCGAUUGUGUAUGCGGUAGUCAGUCAGUACAUAAUUAAUAUGAUUAUUGUAACUUAUUAAUAUGUUACUAUCUGAUACUCGCGUAUUGAUGAUUAUCCAUGUUUCUGUAUUUUCAUUCUUCUUCUCAUUUUCUUUGUUGUAUUCAAAAGAAAUAAAACCAAUUUCUAUAAUAAAGUC